AUGAAGUUCGUGGUAGGAACAAAGGUGGAAUUUCCCCAAACCUCCUCAACUUGGAUAUUGUCUCAGGAGCUCGACCACAAGAUACCAUUCUUCGCGUCACUACCAGAACUCGAUGUGGUGGAGGAUUUCAAGGAGAAGCGAUUCGUGUUUCGCUGCUAUAGGGACGAUUCAGCUGCAAAGGAGAGGGCGGUAAUCAAAAUCGUGAUGCUGUACCCUAACCCUAAACCUAGUGAACCCUCUGGGAAGUUUGAAGAGGUACGGAGUUACAUGGGCGACGUCAUCAAAAUGGAGAUCGCAGCACUGGAUGGGCUCCGUAAAAACAAGUGCAAAUCGGCUCCGCAUCUGAUAGACCGGAAUGAGUUAGGAGAGGAUAAUUGGCAUACCUGGUUUAUCCUAAUGACCGAGUGUCCAGGCCAACCUCUGGGGGCGCAAAAAGGCGCUGAGGAUCCAGUUGAUCCCUUCUGGGAUAACAUGACCCGGGAGGAACGUGACAAUAUCAGAAAAGCCUUUAAAGAAGCUUAUCUUGACUGCGUCAAUUGUGGAUGGGGGCAAACCGACCCUGGCAGGCAGAACCUCCUCUGGGACAGUGAUCAGAACAAAUGUUAUCUCGUGGACUGGGAUUCAGCAACCGAUCUCUCUAAGGCCGGAAUCAAUAUACAGUGGACAGAUGCCGAAUACUUUAGCUGGAAGUUGGCCGGAGGCCGUCAUGGAAACAACCCAGAGGAGUGGUAG